AUGGCUCUAGCCCAGCGAGAUGCACAGGAAUCGGACAUUCCCACGCUUUGCGACAUCUUCUUCGCCGCAUUUACAAAUGAUCUCGUCAUGUCACAAACUUUCCCGGAUGUACCAGACGUUCGAGCCUUUUGGGAAAGUAUCUUGAAGAAGGGUUUGGAGGAUCCAAAAUGUCACACGAGGUGUAUCGUCGAUACGACACUAUCUGGAAGUCCUGUCGUUGCCUACUCGAGAUGGAUUGCCUGUAACAAGGAUGAGGUCCCCCCCGAGGGGCCCUUAUACCCUACUGGAGGCAAUGUGGAAGUUUGCGAAGCCUUUUUCCCUCAAUUGAGGGACAAGAAGCUGGAGAUCAUGAAGGGCCGGGAGUACUGGUAUCUAGGUCUCCUAUGCUGCAGACCAUCGCACCAAGGCCAGGGAGCCGGACGUAUGUUGAUGCAAUAUGGCAUUGACCUCGCAGACAAAGAACGAAAAGAAGUCUAUGUGGAAGCAAGUCCUCCGGGAGCACCUGUCUACAGGAAGUUUGGAUUCAAAGAAGUGGACAGGGUGGUGAUGUUUGAUGGACAAUUUACGGAGCUUUUGAUGCUGAGGGACGCUCAGAAGGCGGGUGCAUAG